AUUUAUGUGUAUGAAGAAGAAGAAGAAGAAGCGCUUUUUCUUUUCUUUUCUUUUCUUUUUUCCUGACUCUCUAUAGUCUAUACUACACACACUCACUCUCUAUAUCCUUUUUAUUUAUUUAUUUAUUUUUCAGUCAGAAGACAAUAAUAAUAUGUUUUCCGUCCACUGCUUCUCCAAUUACUUAUUACUCUCCCAAAAGCUUUUUUCUUUUUUCUUAAAUUAAUUUUGUUAAAAUAUAUUCUCUGCUGCUGCUGCUGCUUCUUUUUUUUUAAAUUCCACUUUGUCUCCAACUUGGAGGGCCGUGAGGACGGACCUAUUUCGUUCAAUUCAUUUCCUUUUUCUCUUGUGUUAUUUAUAUUAUCCUCUCUCACAUUCUUGAAAACCGAGUGAUCAAGUGCUCUGCAAUGCUGGUUAAUAAUAACGCCCAACAACAGCACCACCACCACCACCACCAAUAAUCAUCAUAAUAAUAAAGGAUAACAGGAUUGGCUCUGCUUUGAACUCCCCAAGUUUACAUCGGAAAACAUGGAAAGGUUUAUGUUGGAAGUUUUAACUGGGAAUGAGGAUGGAAGCGGACGCGGAGAGUCGUUGGUUGGCACUAUAAAGAUUGCAGUAUUACCCAUAGCCAAGGUUUUUACAAUUUGCUUCUUGGGAUUUCUUCUCGCAUUGUUUAACAUCUUGCCUGCCAAUGGAAGGAAGCUUUUAAACGGGUUGGUUUUUUCACUUUUGCUUCCAUGCUUGAUAUUCUCUCAACUUGGGCAAGCCAUCACUUCUGAGAAAAUGAUCGAGUGGUGGUUCAUUCCUUUUAAUGUUGUUCUGGCUACCAUAUCAGGGUCGCUUAUAGGCUUAGUUGUUGCAUCCAUUGUUCGUCCACCAUACCCGUUGUUCAAAUUUACUAUCAUUCAAAUUGGAAUCGGGAAUAUUGGGAAUGUGCCACUUGUCCUGAUUGGGGCCUUAUGUCGAGAUAAGUCAAAUCCUUUUGGUGAAUCUGCGAAAUGUGCUGAAGAUGGGACUGCGUACAUCUCAUUUGGUCAAUGGGUUGGUGCAAUUGUCCUAUACACCUAUGUUUUUGAUAUGCUCGCACCUCCUUCUGAAGGUACCUUUGACAUUGAGGAUAUGAAUAUUCCCAUCAAGAAUCUUCCUAAGGAAAGUACUCCGGAGCAAGAUCCCUUGCUUACACAGGAGGUUGUACCAACAAAUUCAGAUGCUCCAAAGAAAGGAAGGACUACAAUGGUUGUUAGUUUCCUACAUGUCACUUUUUUGAUGCAGAUCAAAGAUUUUUUAGAUUUUCUGUAUGAGAAGUUGAAGCUCAAGCAAAUUCUUCAACCCGCUAUCAUUGCCUCUAUUUUAGCAAUGGUAAUUGGAUGUGUACCAUUUUUGAAGCGAUUAAUUUUUACAACUGAUGCUCCUCUUUAUUUCUUCACUGACAGCUGCACGAUUCUUGGGGGUGCUAUGAUUCCAUGCAUUUUGUUAGCGUUAGGUGGCAACCUUGUAGAUGGACCAGGGAGUUCAAAGCUUGGUUUACGGACAACUGCUGCUAUUAUUUUUGGGAGGUUGGUUUUGGUUCCUCCUACUGGACUUGGCAUUGUCAUGUUGGCUGACAAGCUUGGCUUUCUUCCUCCUGGUGAUAAGAUGUUCAGAUUUGUCCUCCUCCUCCAGCAUACCAUGCCCACAUCUGUGCUUUCUGGCGCUGUUGCCAAUUUGAGAGGGUGUGGGAGAGAGGCAGCAGCUGUGUUGUUUUGGGUUCAUAUCUUUGCAGUUCUUUCUAUGGCUGGGUGGAUCGUUCUCUAUCUCCACAUACUGUUUUAGAUUGCAUUGGAUCCUAACGCUGUUUGGGCUGAAAGGGAGAGAGAGGAGAAGGAAGCUGCUGUCCUGGUCUGGUCUGGUCUGGUCUAAGUUCAUGUCUUUCAUUUGGAUGCAUCAUUCUCUCUCUCUCUCUCUCUCUCUCUCUGUAGUUCCAAGCAUUCUGAUGUAUAAUAGUUUUGUCAGCAUGCUGCGGCUGCUUGUCACAAUGGCAUACCUGCCACUUUUGCAAUUUUGUUCUCAUGUUAAUCAAUGCUUAAUGGCUCGAUGGAAAUUACGAUUGUGUUCAUUAUUAGAUGUUUAUAUUUAUUUUAGUUUGCCGGCUGAUUUUUAUA